CGAGCAAGGGACCCGUUUCGAGUGACUCCUGAGUACUCCUGAGGCAAUUCGCUUAGGGGCUUGAGUACUGUAUGUAAGUUCCCUCCAGCGCGGUCCACGACGAACAGACUCCACGCAUUGCAGACCUAGUGCAGUUUCUCCAUACGCAUACCCGGCGCUAUGUUGUCCAACCUGCUCAGUUGCUUCUCAUUCUCUAACACUCACCACGACUCGUACAUGCUGCUUUUUCGGUCGCUCAUGCUGUAUUGCAUUCACAUCGUCCCGGAGGAUCCCGAUGUUGUGGAAAUCGUUGGCGCAUUCACGGGAAGUCCUAACCCUCCUCUCCCACGCACAAUCAGAUCCAUUCAAUCUUGCAAGCCUUUGGGCGAGAUCGAGUUCGGAAUCACCGAGGAGGAUGGGGUAUGACCCGGUAUUAGACGAGUGCGGGAUCUCGUUGCGGAAGCUUACAAGGCGAGCUCAAC